UCAUGUUCCCAUGUUGUUCGAGCUUUUGUGUCAUAGGGCAGACUUCAGUACACACGACAAAGCGAGCGCUUGUCUCAGUACAUCCUCCGCUCUCGAAAAAAUGCUUAAAGCUAAGUCGCUGUGGUGUUAACGGCAUGGAAAUCCAUUCUCGCCACCCUAUAAUCCCCUUAGUAGUGGGUGCACUGCUUGUUACGUCUAUUGGGGCAGGGAUUUUCGGCGUAUGGGCCGUAUUUGAUGUGAUUCCCUCGACUGUGGACAAUGGCUUCGUGGAGACUAAGUGUUUCGUAUUAAGCAGUAAAGUAACGGGAGAAGUAUCGUGCCCUUGCAGCGAUGACGGUUUAACAUGCUCCGAUGUUUACCCUUGUGUAGAGAUAAUGGUAAAUAUAAGCUCCACUGGCAGCGAAACGAAAAAUUUUCAGCUCUAUCGUGACAUGCGAGGGAAAACCUUUACCGACAAGUGUUCGUACUACCCAUUCGGUAAGGCAUGCACAGGCAAUGCCACGAUGACCAAAGUUCCAGCGCUCCUCUUCAAGCUUGCUAAAGGUCGCGUUGGAAGUAACUACACGUGCUAUACGGACGACCUCAACAAUCCCACCCUCGUGGUCUCUGAGCGCAACACACGUGACAUUCACGUGAUGGCCGUGUUCAUCGUCAGUCUUAUCCUGUUCUUUGUACCCACAAUUCUACUCAACGCGUUUUUUCUGUACAGAUGGAAGUUCCUCGCCUACCUGACGUCAACCAUCGCCCGGCAUAACCGUGUGGCUGUCGCCCCGCCCUUUGAUAUAGACCCCAUGGACAGACCCGCUAAUAGUCGCCACAGUCAUCGCUUAAAAAAGCUACAGUUUGUUGAGGAGUCAAUGGCUAGAAGCGAGCACCAGAAUUCAAGUGUCAUCAAAGAGGAGAACCAGGAAUCAACUGUUAUCAAGGAGUGACUGAACUAGAACUCGGCGGUUAACAAGAUGAUAGUUGGAAGCAAUGCACGAAAUAUUAGGGUCUACAGAAGAUACGAAAAAGGAUGUAUAUAUUUAAUAUUUUUGUCACCCAAUUCUUAUACGAUCCUUUGCUGAAAAUACCGAAGUAAGUAGAUAUUUGCUGACAUUCGAAGAUUCCGGGUAAAAAGUAUCCGUUAGAUACCAAAAGAUGUAUGCCAAUGAUGUUACAUAUCUUAAAGUUGUGCCUUGUUCAGAUACAAA